UCCUCCCUGGAGCUUCAAGCCGCCUAUAUAGAGUGGUGGUUUCUUGGGCCAGCCCACUGGGCACAGAAACUUCCACGGGCCUCCGCCCCCUUCUGCCAUUUCCAAAUUGGCCCAUCCCAGUGCUUGCACGGAGGGGGCAGUUGCCCCAUCAGAAGCCCCAGCUCCUUUGGCUCGUCUUGACUGCCCCUCCCCUCCCCAGGGAUGUGUUUCUUCCUCAAGGCCACUUUUUGAACUUCUGCAGCUUCCAGCAAAAUAGUUCAGCCUACUGCAGGUGGUCAGGCCUGGGGACGGUGCGCCUCAAGGCCCCGUGUGCCUUUCUGGUUUCAGGUCGCCCAGCCAGGCCGUGAGCUCCAGGGGAGAGAAUUCUUUUGGGAAACCGAGACUGGAAGACACUCUUUCUCCGCUGACAAUAGGCAGGAGCCAGGCUGUGUCCAGGGAUUCUUCGCACGCCUUCCUUUCCUUUGGAGAACGCUUACCAUUUGACUCAAAGGCAAUGGCAGCAGGACUGAAGGGACACACAGGAGCUGUUCCCGUGAUUUGGUGACAGUUCUUCCAGCGCCAGGGUCUUAAGGAAACGUGGAUCGAGACAUUCCGGAACUCGGCUGUUGUGUUAAGGCCGAAACCAGCAUGGCUCAGGCAAGUCUCCUGGCUUGUGAAGGCCUAUCAGGUGUGAGUUUGGUCCCCACUGCAGCCAGCAAGAAGAUGAUGCUGAGCCAGAUUGCCAGCAAGCAGGCCGAGAAUGGCGAGCGGGCAGGUAGCCCUGAUGUGCUGAGGUGCUCAAGUCAGGGCCACCGAAAAAACACCGAUAAGUCCCGGAGCCGCAAGGAUGAUGACAGCCUGGCUGAAGCCUCUCACUCAAAAAAGACUGUUAAAAAGGUGGUGGUAGUGGAGCAAAAUGGUUCUUUUCAAGUAAAGAGCCCCAAAAAUUUUAUUUGUGAACACUGCCUUGGAGCCUUUAGGAGCAGUUACCACCUCAAGAGGCACAUCCUUAUUCACACCGGUGAGAAGCCAUUUGAGUGUGACGUGUGUGAUAUGCGCUUCAUCCAGAAGUACCACCUGGAGCGUCACAAGCGUGUACACAGUGGCGAGAAGCCUUACCAAUGUGAGCGGUGUCAUCAGUGUUUCUCUCGGACAGAUCGAUUACUCAGACACAAACGGAUGUGCCAAGGGUGCCAGUCCAAGACUUCCGACGGGCAGUUUUCUCUAUAGACGCAAGGGGCCCCAGGUGGUGGGAGUGUUCAGAAGACUCUCCCGAAGAGCUUUCCCUCUGUGGUCCACAGUCCCACCACCCCAAGUCUGUACCUGCCCCUCCUGGGAGAGGACCCCAGGAGGCCCGAAGAGUGCAUCAGGAGGCAGCAGCCCCAGAGCCUCAGUGUGUAAAUAAUCUGAGACGAUGAGUAUCUCGGGGACGUUCUACAGCAUUCCUGGGUGGGGGAACUAGUCCCUGGACCCUCGGCUGGGGCCACGCGAGGGGGACUCCGGGUACAGGACCAAGACUGAAGUGUGGCUCCCACAACCGUGGACUCCAGCUGGCAGCUGAAAAGGAACAGACUGGGGAAAGGGACUUUCGUGCUUUUGUUUGUUCAAAGGCAGUUCAGGCAGACUGGAUGUCGCAGAGUCCCGGUACAGAGCAGGGACUGCAGCCCUCCCUCCCCCCAACGGACUUUGUAGUUGCAGCUGACCCUCAGCACUCCGCAGCCCUGCCCUCGCCUCCUGCUUGACGGGGGACAGGUCAGGAAGGGCCGCUGUGCUUACUUGGGCUUCCUCGUGCAUUGUGGGCACAAAGGAGGGACAGUGGAGAAGCAGGCAGGGGCUGGGUCCAAGAAGAGUGGCGGGCACCUCUUUCUUCCUCAGGGGACAAGCAGGAGUGGUUUCCACGGUUGCUGCACUGGCCCGUGUGACACACAGGUACCUGAUGGGCUCAGCUCAAGUGCCUUUUGAAGGAAGCUUGGGUGGGAGUGGCCCAUACAGCCCUUUCCCUUCUCUGUGGACAGUUGAUGUUGGAGAUCGUUUGCGGCUACCUCACUGCCCUUGACUCCUCCAGCGGGCGGUCUGUGUUGAACUGGAGUCAAGGAUAUCAGAGUGGGCUCUCUCCCCGUGCCCUCUGGGGAGCAGCCCCAGACGAGCCCCAAGCUGGAGAGCAGCUGGUGAAGAAACUGAGGGAUCGGAUGCCCCUGGCGUGACCGGUGGGCAGUCGGAGCUGUCGUGCCUGCCCGAGUCCUAUCACUGUAUUCGGCUACAGACGACCGAUCUGACCUUUUGUCCCAAAGAUGGACUUGGUUUCUUCUUGAUGACCAUUCCUUGCAACAGCAAUUGGUGGGGGUGGGCAGAGCCAGCUGCGGAGAAAGGCCUGACGGAGAGUUGAAAUGUGUGUAGGUUUUAUUCUUAACCAAUAUUCUUUGCUCCUCACUUCUCCCACAGUACCACCCUUUUUACUCCCCGAAAAGUGAUCCGGGGGUGUGUUGGGGAGCAGGGGCGUGAGUGUUCGUGAUUGUGUGGUUGAAUGAGAUGGCAUAGUAUUGAGCCAAACCCUUCUCAGGCCCUCACCUUUGGGGAGGGGAGGAUGAGCAUAAAACAGCUGCCUCCGUCCCAAACAUGAGGGGGGGCGGGGGCGGGGGCUGAGGUCCAGGAGGAGCUGAGAAACUCCGUGUAUGGUAAAGGAAAAUUUUGUUUGAGAGGGUUUUUAAAAAUUGAUUCAGCAGGCUGGUGGUUAGGAUGUUUCUAGCUAAAUCAGGAGCUUGUGAGCGUACGUUUCCUAAGGUGAAACGAAAACCUCUCUUCCUGCAGAUCCUUACAGAGGUGCUGGGGGUCGGGUGACCUCCGCUGUCACCUGCCCCCAACCUGUUGGGGACAAGGCAAUGGGUUAAUAAUCAUGGAGACUGGGUGACCUGGCAGCAAGCUGUUCAGUGGGGGUUUCAUUUCCCAGCUCUCUCGAGGGACCUCUGAGUAUUUCAGGCAGGCGGCCCUCAGGCUUACCUUGGGGAAGACGCUGGGCAAAGCGUGUGCUGCCGUGCCCUCUCCCAGCUUUGGGCUGACACUCCUGUUUGCCGGGCUCUAGAACCUAGACCUCUGCCCGUGGUCUCAGCCUGUGGUCCCUGCCAGCAGGGACCUCUCUGCAUGUGAGCCAGCCCCUUUCCUGUUACAGGGCCCUGAUGGGGCUGGGAUUCUUCUCUGUCACCCCUGGGGGGCAGGAUACAUUUUAAAUAAUUGCCCUCCCAAAAGGUUUUUUGUUUGUUUUUUCAUAAGAAGUCUCUCCCUUCCACUUACAGCCACUUGUGAUUGGGGGUAUGUGUGGUAGGGAUCCCCAGCGUGGUCUGUAACCCGAAUGUGUGUCUACUUGUGUGCAUCCGUGUGCACGCACUAGAUCAGAGUUUGCCCUGACCGUGCAUGCUGGCUUCCUGCUGGCGUGGCGUGGGGUGAGGAAGGGCACGCGGGCCCUGUGUGCUAAGGACUGACGGGCAGGAAAGGCCUGGGAGCUGUGUCUCGGUGCUGCUGUUCUAGGCCAAUGGGAGUGUGAGGAUAGAGGAACACGUGGGUUUGGAGGAGUGAGUUUUAGGGCCCAGAACCCCACCUUGUAUCCCAGAAAACCACAGGCCCCCUGAUCCAAUGCCCCCCUCCCCCCCUUUCCUUCCAGUGGGGCCAGGCCUAGCACUGGAAGGAUGCCUCAGGUGUAUUUGAAGUGAGGGAGAGGCAAGACUGGACGGGUGCCCAGAGACCAGGUUGUAGACUUUGGGGAUCUGGGAGAGUGGUCCCAGUUUCCUCUGGGAGGGCUGCUGCCCAGCCCCGCUAAGUCUUCUCUGUCCACUCUCAGCAGCCUCUUGUUAUCUCCUAGCUCCUGAUCUACCCCAAGGCUUGACAUGGGGGGGGUUAUGUGAGUAGUGGGGUCCCACCACAACUUUCAACCCCCCCCCCCCCAGCUCUAGGCCUCUGCUGUGGCCCUGGGGCUGUUAUCUUCAGCAGAUACCCCACCCCCACCCCCUAACCUUCCUCUCCAACACCACCACCCCUUUUUUUUAAUAUACUUAUUUUGCUAUUGAGGGUGGGGAUAUCAAAUGAACAAGAUCACUUUUGAAUGGUAGUUUUUAUAAGAUGUUAUAAACUUGUAUCUUUUUACCAUUAAAGUGCAGUGUAUGUUCCUUUGUGGUAUAUUUAGGAUAUUUAAAUAAAAAGAAAACAGGGUUUUUCUA